GAAAUAGCGCGUGGCGCCGCGGCGGGCGCCGGACAGAGGGGAGCGCAGCCGCCGAUAUGGCUGGGAUCUUGUUCGAGGAUAUUUUCGACGUGAAGGACAUCGACCCCGAGGGCAAGAAGUUCGACCGGGUGUCCCGCCUGCACUGCGAGAGCGAGUCCUUCAAGAUGGACCUGAUCCUGGACGUCAACAUCCAGAUCUACCCCGUGGACCUGGGUGACAAGUUCCGCCUGGUCAUCGCCAGCACCUUGUACGAGGACGGGACACUGGACGACGGCGAGUACAACCCCACGGAUGACCGGCCCUCCAGGGCUGACCAGUUUGAGUAUGUGAUGUAUGGGAAGGUGUACAGGAUCGAGGGAGAUGAGACGUCUACAGAGGCUGCCACGCGACUCUCUGCCUACGUGUCCUAUGGAGGGCUGCUCAUGCGUCUCCAGGGAGAUGCCAACAACCUGCAUGGCUUCGAAGUGGACUCCAGGGUGUACCUCCUCAUGAAGAAACUGGCCUUCUAAUGGGCAGGAGCUGAGGGACUGCGGGAGGCAGCAGGGACCUGCCUGAUGCAGACAGUCUGGACAGACAUGGACUUGCCAGCAAGCCCUCUGAUCCGUGCCCCAGGAGUUUGGCUCCUACACGUCUCAUCUGCAUGUGCCUGAACUCUGCCACGCAUUCCAGUCUGUGCAGCCAGCCCAGAGGCCUGCACUGCUCACAUCUCUGCAGGGUUGCCAUCCAGGCCAGGAGACUGCCUCUCUGCCAAGCAGGCUGCAACUUCAGCAAAUGCCCCAGUCUCUAAAGAACUGCCCUUUGUAGGGGCUGGUCACAUGCAGGUGAGCUCCUAGGUCCCUGCCUGCAGGUGCCAGUCACUGGAGGACUUGUCUAUGGCACAUGCUGCCCCCUGGCUCUCGGCCAGCUGGGAGGUUGCAUUCUUGCCCCUUGGCUUCACUGCAGGCUGCAGUAGAGUCUAUGCCACCCACCCAGGCAGGCCAUAUGCUGUAUUGGCAAGGAGGGCAGCAGCUCCUGGGCCCAUCCCAUCUGGUUCUCUAUUAAACCUGGUUUUUCAGAUUUG